AUGAGAGAGUUAUCCAACAACACAUUGUCUACAAUCCCUUCCAAACUCUUCUACGAAUAUGGCAAGAAAAAAGAGAUAUAUGAAAUAAACUUCAGCAACAACAACAUUUCAGAGGUAGCACCCGAUGCUUUCCUAGGUGUGAGCUCCAUUGAAUCAAUACAUUUGGGUAUCAAUAAGAUAUCGUCACUUCCCGAGGACUGGUUUGACAACAUAACGAUACUUCACACGUUAGACUUGUCUAAAAAUAAUCUUUCUUCGUUUCCGGCGGAACUUCUGAAGUCUCAACAUAAACUUCGACAUCUAUAUCUUCAACUCAACUACAUAAAAGAACUUAGAAAAGGGAUGUUUGACGGACUCCAUUCUUUGCGAGAAUUAGUGAUAGGCGUCAAUAUGAUCCACACGAUAGAUAACUAUGUGUUUUCAGAGACACAGUUGGUGAAUCUACAUUUAUUCCACAACAAGCUGACAUCGCAUGGACUUGGAGAACACCCAUUUGCCACAAGAAACAAGUCACUACAGCUCGUAUCUUUAUACCGCAACUACUUCGACAAAAUCUGCAAUUCUGCCUGGCAAGAUUUAGGACAGAAUUGCAACGUAUCAUUGGAAAACACACUCAAAGUGGUACCCUUCACAAGAGUGGACCUCAACAUUGAUUUAGUUGGACGUUGGUAUGCUACGUCAAUAAUAGUUGGGCAAUCCACCAGUAAAGCAAUGAAUCAAUGUGGAUUCAGCUGCAAACAUCUGGAGAAAGUGAAAAAAACAUUUAAUUGUACAUCGUGCCCUCAAGGUACCUAUGGAGGAGUGUUUGGUGGGUGUAAGCCCUGCCCUCCAGGCGGAUUUUACCAGGACAGCACCGGAUCAGUCGCCAUUCGACGCACUGGUAUGAAUUGCAAGCAAUGUAAUAAGGGUACUUACGUCCCACAAAAUAAACACCCUGGGAAAACUAUCUAUGAUUGCGCAGUAUGUCCAACAGGCACCAAUAAGAGUUUUCAUGCAGGAUACCGAGCAUGUCCCUGUGCGUCCAAUCACUACCGUAAACACAGGUUCGAUCAAUGUUUUCCGUGUCCCCAAAAAGGAAUCAACUGUACGGGAGAAUAUCAGCAUCUUCUGCCAGGAUUCUGGUGGACAUGGGACUGGGGUCCAGCUGAAAACUAUCAGUCCUACAAGAAAUUUGUCAAAAAUUUACUCACCUACAAUGAUAGCUAUGACAGGCACACUGAAAGGUUUGAUGGAAUGUUACCAAAUGUUCAUAAAUGUCCUACCUCCGAAUCGUGUAAGAAUCUUGCAGCUGGAAUAAACGCAACGUGUGAUGAUGGUCAUGCCGGUUUCCUGUGUACACAAUGUCAAGCAGGCAGUUAUGCUUGGCUGGAUAAAUGCUUUGAGUGUCCAGGGAUUUGGGCGUUGAUACUGGAAGUCUUGGCAGCUCUUGUCAUCCUUGCAGUUUUGCUCAUGAUUGUCUUACUAGAACUCAGACGACACAAACGAAGCGGUCGAUCACUCAUUAGCGUUCUGUUCUCUCGGUUUAAAAUUCUACUUGGUUUUUAUCAAAUCAUGGGUGAGAUAUUCGAAGUGAUGAAUGAACUUUCCUGGCCGGAGACACUAGUAGAACUUGGUUCCUUCUUGCAGUUGUUGGAGGCCAAUUUGAUGCAGGUGAUUGUCAGUCCUCGAUGUUACUUUCCCGAUUUCACCUAUCCCAAUGUUUACAUCGCUUUCAUUGCUGGUGCGUCGUUCUCGGUUACUGUGAUAUUGUUAGGAUUGGGCAUUUAUGGUUUUAGGCUAUUCCAUCUGCGGGUGAAGAGUGCACCGGAUGAGGUUCGCAAACAUACGCUGGCUAAAACGAAUGAGAGAAUUCUCUUGGCUGUUGUCAUUCUGUUGUUUGUUGCAUACCCAAGCUUAUCAGCUGUCAUCAUUAGCUUACUGCCUUCGGGAUGUGUCACAUUCUCAUUGAAUGAAAAUGAAAAUGUUACCGUUACUCGGCUCAGAUCCGACUACUCCGUUGACUGUAACAGUAGUCAACAUGUUGCAUUUAACUACGCUGCCGAGGUUUCCGUGUCUUAUGUUGUUGGUUUCCCGAGUACAAGCAUCGAAGAAAAACCGUCAUCAGCUUGA